ACAACGGUAAAUGGAAACUUUUCAGGCAAAGAUGUUACACUGUAUAUUUUUGCUGUUAACAUUUGCCCUCAGUCAUGAAUUAGUAGUAGACAGCGAGAAUAAUACACAUACACUGGUAAUAUCAGAUUUACCAGUAACCUGGUUAGAGGGACAGACUCAGUGUGCAGAAAAGAAUGGUCGACUUCUCAGCUCUGACGACUUUUUUUUCUACCUCCAGGAAGCUCUGAACAAAGUAUCGGGCGAUUUCUGGAUUGGUGAUAUUCAAAAAGUUUCCGAAUGGAUCCAUAUCCUAGGUUGCUACAGUAAGGCCAGUAUUCGAAACAAGCUCUUCUCACCUAUUAACUUUACCAUAGGUCUGACACCAGGACGCUGUCAAGAAUAUUGUUUAAAUGAGAAAAUGUCUUUAUUUUUUGCCAUCAAGGAAGAAACCUGUUACUGCCUCAAACCUGACUUCAAUUUACCAUACACAUCCUCCGUAACCAAAUGUAAUUAUAACUGUACGUCGGAGGAACCAAAGGCCUGUGGCAGCAAAACGGCACAAUUUCUGAGUGUUUAUAAAACAACUAAUACAUCGGAUAUAAAAGGAGAUGGAAAGUGUCUGAGAAUAACAUGUAUUGGAAACAAGGGAUAUAGGACUGAAAAGUGCUCAGUUUCAUUGACUCCCUACUGUUCCAACAAUUACACAGGUACAGCAGGGGAUUGGACGGAAGCUAAUGCGAUGUGUUUGAAAGGGAAUGGUCAUUUAGAUGGCGAUGCCAAUUUACACGAUCCAACGAGCAAAUGCAAUGAGAUAAAGAUGCGAAUUCAAUACACUUAUGAAUUUUGGCUUGGCAUCCUUAGACAAGUAUACAAUACUACGGAUAAAGAUGACAUUGGUCCUGUGGUUGGCGGUGUGUUUGGCGGAGUGAUUCUAGUAGCAGGUGUUUUUCUCCUGUCAGUCAUUAUCAUAAGGAGACAUAAAAUAGGAAGAAGAGAAGAUCAGAACACCCUGAAGUUUGAAAAUGAAACACCCACAUCUGUCAGUGAAUUAAAGGUUCACCAACCACAAGAUAACGGCUUUAGCAGGUAUCCUGAGAUGAAUAGCACAACCAUGAAAGAAGAAACAUAUUACAAAAGUCAAGAUGAAUAUGAUAUUCUUGGUAAGAGACGAUCGAAAGUAAAACGAACUAUUGAACAUAUUUAUAAUCACACUGAAAGUACCACCAACCAAAAUUGUUAUGCAAGUGCCGCUCAAGUUUCAAAAAGGAUUUCUGGUGAAGACUUGUAUGACCAUACAAACGAAAGAGAAUAUGGAACUGUGUCAGAGAUAGAGAAUGACAGUAUGUACAGUGAAAGCUGACCAGACAUCUCUAUUAGCCAAGUUAAACACAGACAUCAUUUGUUCAGAGCAAAGGUUCAACUAUACCACUCAUCCAUCCUGACAAAGAGUGAUACAUACUUUAUUUAUUUAAAAAAAAAGACAUUCAUUUCACUCAGAAAUCCACGCCGCAUUGUACCCUUGAAAAUGAAUCAACUGUAAUUUGGCAAAUAGAGUUUACAGGUUAAGACACAUUGAUACAUCACACUGAAAAAUUUCUCAAUAACAUUUAUGCCCAGAGUAAUCAGCCCUGGAUAAUAAAAAUACUUUCUCUUAAAUAAAAAAGAAAAAACAUAUUCAUUUUUUCAGUUGUAAGAUAUACGUAUACAUGUACAUUUUUGGGGGUUAAAGAAGGUUUAUCCUAUAACUUUUUAUACUUUAAGUACUUUUGUUUAAUUUUUCUGGAUGUUAAAAAAAUCUUGAUUUCUAGUUGGU